AUGGUGCGACUGAGUUUACAAGAACGCGUUUUAGUUGUUAAGAUUUUUUAUUGCCAUAGUGAAAGUUAUGCUGAAACAGUGCGCCAUCUUAGACAUAUUAUGGGUCGAAAUGAGGCUCCUAAUGAGUCAACAGUUCGUCGAUUGAUGUUAAAGUUCAAACAAACUGGCUCAGUGCAAGAUGUCAAAACUCCAACGCGCCAACGCAGUCGCAGAUCACGUUUGAAUCAAGCAAUUGUUUUUGACAGUGUUUUGACCAGUCCAACGACAUCUCUUCGUCGACGAUCACAACAGUUGGCGAUACCGCUGAGUUCGUUAUACCGAAUCAUGAAAAUAGAUUUGCAUUUACACCCAUAUAAACUCCAACUUACUCAGGAGCUGAAAGCUGGUGAUCGCGGAAAACGCAGACAGUUCGUUGAGUGGUUUCACAAUAUGCAAGUUGAAGAUGCUGAUUUUGCGAUGAAGAUCAUUUUUAGCGAUGAAGCUCAUUUUCAUAUGAGUGGAUUUGUAAACAAGCAAAACUGUAGACUUUGGGGGACAGAAAACCCACAACAAAUUGAACAACGUCAAAUGCAUCCUGAACGAGUAACUGUAUGGUGUGGCUUUUGGAGUGGAGGUGUUAUUGGCCCAUAUUUUUUUCAAGAUGAAUAUGAAAACACAGUGACGGUAAACGGAGAACGUUACCGAGAUAUGAUAACAGAGUUUUUGUGGCCAGCAUUUAAUGAUUUUGACAUAACCAAUUAA